GUCAUUAAUUCCGCUCGAUCAUCUGCGUCCGUUCAACAUUCGAACGCAUUAAGAUGCUCAACGUCGUACUAUUCGUACUAGUCACCGCCUCCUCCAUGUCAUUCUUCACAUUUCACUGUCCAUUUGUUUUCCUGACGCAGCAGCAUCGUCAUCGUCGCAUGAGCCACAGAAUCCUCGACAGUUUCACCUGCACCUUGGUCGGUGAGGGAUGAGAAUCCUGCCGUGUUGAUAACGAGAUCACUUUGUAUGUCGCCUUUGGAUGGUCGCAGGUCUUCCUUUGUCCUGGUCGCCUGAUGGAGCAUGAUGAGGUAGCCAGGGCGGAGCAGUCGACCACUAUAAGUACGCAUAUCGCAGAACGGACAGAUGUAACCAUGUUUCCGGACUUUUAUGACUUCCAGCCCUUUCAUCCGGCUCAAAUCUCGAUCGACAGUAUUGUCUUCCCCUCACUCGCAUCUCUACCACAAUCAUUGGACUUGUUACCGAUAAUGAGUUCCGCCUCAAGCCAGUCUUCUUUGCAAAGCACUGCCGUAUCUAGGGUCCGCUCUUUGACGAAAAGGACACUGUCCAAGGUCUCUAGCCUCAGAGGCUCCAUCUACUCCCUUGAUGAACCUCUGGGCGAGGACGACGACCUGACACAGAUCUGCAGCGGCAGUAUCGUAAUAUGGUUUCAUAUCCCCAAACAGCCCAGCCUCGACGAUCCGUAUGCGCUGGAGGUCGCCCUGUUACCGCAUUCAAAAACUUACCUCGAGGGGCUUCCCGGCAAGAAACGGCUUUCCAGAGCUGGUAGAUCCGAUACACUUUUCGGGGUCAACGCGUACACUUGGGGUGGCUUGAUCAAAGCAGCAGCAGAACAGUGGGAUAUGGAAAGGGAGAAGUGGGAUCUUCCUGCAGAAGCUCGAGUCGAAUUGUUGAAAGCCAUCGAUUCCAAACGCCCAAUCGAUCCGAAUCAGGUUGAUGGUCAACGGGGACCGACGUGUCACCAUGUUUUCAACUACGAUGUCGACCCCGACGAUGAUUGACAUCAGUUGCAUAGCGAUCAGCAUACCAGGAUGC